AUGAAUAACGAGGAGCUUCUUCAAACAGUUUUGAAAGACAUGACGAUCCUCAAAGUGGAAAAUGUCAGAGUUUUUGCGCACAUGGUGCCAACUGCGUCUUUGCGAAGAUUUUGGACCAUGAAAGCCCAGACAAUGGAACUUCGGGACGAAUUCACAAGUGGGCCACGAUUCUUACAGGUCUGUGAAGGCUUGAGAUCGGGAGAAGUAUCAUUCGACCGGUUCCAAUAUACUGGAUAUCUCCGAAUUGCUGGAGAUCAAUUCGAUGUUUUUUGGGAUCAAAUGCAAGAGCGAGUGGGAUUUGGAAUUGAUGACGAAGUCAGAGUGAAUAGGAACUCUAUUCAUUUCAUAACAAGCGAUGGUAAUCUUAUAAUCAAAUUGAGCAUCAAAAAACUGCUGUUCCCCUCCAAUUGCUAUCAGCUUUCCGUAAACAUGGAAAGAGAAGUUGAUAUAACGGUGGUUUUCAUUAGGCGGGCCGUUGGCCAAGCCCACAAGAUUUCUUCUUCCUCAGCUCCGAUUGUUUUUUGUACCAGAACAAUUUUUCUGUUAUUUUUCAGAACUCCUGGAAAUUCCAACUACCAGCAACUGUGA